GAAAAUAUCAACUGUUUUUCUUCUCUUCUCUUUUAAAUAUAAAUAGCUCAGCACUUCUGAGGUCUUAACCUCUGUGCGCUUGUUUGCCCUUCUGAGUGUUUUCUUGACCUCAUUCAGGAUUAGCGGUUUCUUGAAGUGACUGAUGGAGAGCCCAGAAAAUGGUGAGCUUGAGAGAACUAAUGAGGACAAGAAAUAUGACCUUGCUUCUAUUUUAUGCGUUCCAAACAGGGAUUUCCUUGUUCGCAACAACGGUGAUCAGGUUAGAGUAGAUAGUUUAAGGGGAAAGAUAGUUGGAUUAUAUUUCUCUGCAUCAUGGUGCGGUCCGUGCCAGCGAUUCACUCCAAACUUGGUGGAGGUUUACAAUGAGCUCCUGCAAGUUAACAACUUUGAGAUUGUGUUUGUCUCUAGUGAUGAGGAUGACGAGUCAUUUAAUGCUUAUUUUUCUAAGAUGCCUUGGCUUGCGAUUCCAUUUUCUGAUUCUGAGACACGUGGACAACUGGAUGAAUUGUUCGCUGUCAGUGGAAUACCCCAUCUUGAAAUCCUGGAUGAAAAUGGUAAGGUAUUGACCAGCGAUGGUGUAGAAAUCAUCCAAGAACAUGGAGUGGAAGGAUACCCUUUUACUUCUGAACAUAUUGAGAAACUCGUGGAACAAGAAGAAGAAGCUAAAAGGAACCAGUCAUUGAAAACCUUACUGGUUACAAAAUCUAGAGACUAUGUGAUCACAGCUGAUGGGAAAAAGGUACCUGUUUCUGAGCUGGAAGGUAAGACAGUGGGCUUGUAUAUUUUUCUGGCCACAUACAAUGGAUGCCUUGCUUUUAAUGCAAAGCUCGUUGAAGUAUAUAAGAGUUUGAAAGAACAAGGAGAGAACUUUGAGAUUGUUAUGAUACCCCUUGAUGAUGAUGAACAAUCAUUCAAAGAAGCAUUUGAACACUUGCCAUGGUUUUCUUUGCCUGUCAAGGACAAAUGCUGUGCAAAGCUACUCCGAUAUUUUGAGCUUGAAAGCCUCCCAACUGUGGUUGUAAUUGGCCCAGACGGGAAGACACUUCAUUCAAAUGUUGCUGAUGCUGUCGAUGAACAUGGCACAAAGGCCUAUCCUUUCACGCCUGAGAAAUUUGCAGAGCUUGAAGAGUUGGAAAAGGCAAAGAGGGAAGCACAAACACUUGAAUCCAUUUUGGUGGCAAAAGAUUGUGAUUUUGUAAUUGGCAAAGAUGGGAUUAAGAUCCCUGUGUCUGAUCUUGUUGGAAAAAACAUACUGCUUUACUUUUCUGCCCACUGGUGUCCCCCUUGCCGUGCUUUCCUGCCUGCGCUCAUAAAAGCAUAUGAAGAAAUCAACAAAAACGGCAACGUGCUAGAAGUUGUAUUCAUAUCAAGUGACAGGGAUGAAACAUCUUUUGAUGAAUUUUUCUCAAAGAUGCCCUGGCUUGCACUUCCGUUCGGCGACGAAAGGAAAGAAUUUUUGGGUCGCUUAUUCAAGGUUCGUGGCAUUCCGAUGGUCAUUGCAAUCGGGCCAAAUGGCAGGACGGUCUCAACUGAAGUUCGGGAACUGAUCAUGUACCACGGUGCAGAAGCUUUUCCUUUCACUACAGAACGGCUAGAGGAAAUUGAAGCAGCGCAUGAGAAGAUGGCAGAGGGGUGGCCUAAGAACUCAAAAUCCGCUCUUCACGAUCAUGAGCUUGUUCUCACCAAGCGCCAGUUCUUCAAUUGUGAUGAUUGUGGAGAAGAGGGACGCAUUUGGUCGUACUAUUGUGAAGAGUGCGACUUUGAUCUGCACCCAAAGUGCGCGUUAGGCGACAAUAGCAAGGGAACAGAAGGAGAUGUGGGAGGAAAAGAAUCAGUAGAUGCAGAAGGGGCCCCAGCAGAAGGGUGGAUCUGUGACGGAGACAAGUGCUAUCGAGAAUGACUGGUAGAAGUGGUGAACAAUUAAAAACUACAAUCUGCAAUAAUAAAAGAAAAUGUUAAAUAAUAAUACGAUCAACUCUUUUUUGUGGGCAGUGUGUAUGUAUGUUUUAUGUGGUCAUAAUUGAACAUUUACAAACCUUCUUGUUUAUAAAUUACUUGUGCACUUUAA